AUGUCGGAACGGCCUCAAGGCAACCUCCUUCCGCUCAUUCGCGCGGGUCUCGUCGUCUCCAUCUGGCACGACGUCGUCCUCUUCUCCCCCACUCCCGCCGCCGCCAGUCCCCGCUCGUCCCGCAGCAAGCUCCCCGCGCCGCUCAACUUCAUCUGCACGUCCGCCAAGUCCUCCUCGUUCGCCGCGUCGCUCUCGGGUCGUCGCCGUCGCCUGUCGCUCGACGGCAGCGUGCGCGUCGACGACGCGGAGCAGCGCCCGUGGAACGUCGGUAUUAUCCCGCAGACCUGCGUCCUCGCGCCCGUUCCCCCCUCCGAAACGACCCCAACCGCACUCCCCCCAAGCGAACCCGUCGUUACGAUCAGGCGUGAUUUCUUCCGCUCGCUUUCCGUGUCAUGUGUCCCGUUCAGCGACCCUCUAGGCGACGUCUCUAGCGACACCUCUGGCGACCCUUUCGCCGAGCCCGACGCCGCGUUUCCCGUGAUUCUGGACAACGCGCCGUUGGAGGCGGUGGAGGUGGGCGCAAGGGAGCGCGACCCCGGCGACGUGUUCCCCGUGCUGCCGCUCCUCGCGCUGCCCGUGCGAUUGCGGCCGGGCUUGAAGUCGGAAGUUUCGUGGAAGCUGGUCGUGGUGGCGGCGGACGAUGCGCUUGUCGAGGCGGGGGAGACGGCGGCCGUCGCGGCGACGGCGCUUCCGCAAGUGAAGGCGUGGGCCGACGCGGGAGGGUUCACGACGGUGGGGCCCAACCCAUGGCGGAUCCUCGAAUCCCCGCAGCGCGACGACGCGGACGACUGGGAGAAAUCCGCGCGGAAGGCGCUGCGCGUGGUGCGCGAGGCGCACGCGCACCACGCGUGGAGGCUGCUCGUCGUGACGCUGCGACGCCCCUCGCUGCAGCGCGGGCACCGCGUGAACGAGCGCGCGGUGGAGGGAUGGACGGAGCACGACGGGGUGGACGCGCCGAGCAGGACGACUGGCAGCGGCAGCAGCAGCCGGAGCCACGACGACAACAGCCUCCUUCAGCUGAUCGCGCAACCCGCCGGCAACAGCGGGUUUUUCGGCGGCGAGACGAACGGCGGGAGCUGCAGGAGUGGCGGCGGGAGUAUGGGCGGGGCUGAGCACGCGUCAGCGUCAGGGGGAAAGGCGGGGAGCCAGCGGGGCGUGCUGUCCGCCGCCGCCAAGGCGGCCGCCAAGGCCGUCGGGGCGGCUCGUGGGCUUGCGCGGCACAAGGAGGCGCGGGCACGGGGAGGGGGCGACGACGACGCGACGCAACGUGAUCCGGUCGAGGGCGGUGCAAGAGACGCCCGCUCCGAUUCGACGGAGGACGAUUCCUCCCAAGAUGAAUUUGCCGGCCAAGAUGAGUUUGCCGGCCAAGAUGAGUUUGCCGGCCAAGAUGAGUUUGCCGGCCAAGAUGAGUUUGCCGCCCAAGGCAACAAUUCCGCGCAAGAAUACGCAGGGCAAGAUGAUUACUACGUUACGCUCGCGGGAAGUGAUGAAGACAAGGUGGAGGAGGGGGAGGGCGAGGAGAAGGAGAAGGAGGGGGACAGGGAACCCGAAGGGGCGAGGCGAUUUGAGCGAGCAGGGAGUGAGGGCAGUGGCGAUAGCAGCAGCAGCGGCAGGCACGGGCCCGUGCCGCCGUGCGACAGUGCGCCCGUGAGAGCAGCAGCUUCGCCGCGAGCCUCGCCAGUGAUGGGCGCUGCUCCACGUGCGCUUGUGCGCGGUGCCACGUGGAGCGCGGGCACGGGCAGCAGCGCUACUGGCGACGGGGGUGGUGGUGGGAGGAACAGUUGGGCGAGUGUGCAAACCAGUCGAGUCUUAUCGAGGUUUCACAGCGAGCGCGACGGUUACAGAUUAGGGCAGAUUAAGAAGGUUGCUGUUAGCCACUCUGUCUCGCCGCCUCGUGGCGUUCGACACUCGCGGUCCUUGGGGGAAAAUGACGUCCACGUUACUGACAGCAUCGGUACAAGGCGAAGUUCCAGGGCUGGUAGUAGGGGUGCAUCGGCUCAUGCAAGUUUCGACAGGGGAGGCAGAUUGGCUGGCGAGCUGGCUGACGCUGACGCGAGUUCUAGUUACUCUAGCGAAAUUGGCGACGGGGAAGACGGCAACAGUCUAGUAAGAAGCAAAUCGGAACCUCAUCACACGUGGAACACCGGGACGGGGAUCGGCGCGCUGGUGCCCGUGAGUCCCGAGGACGACGCCGUUCAGACCAGCGCCUCGGGCAGACGCGCCACCGGCUACUAUUCAUACCAGGGGCAGCGCGCGGCGGCGGAGCAGGCGGCGUUCGUGCGCGACAUGGAGGCGGCGGCGGCGGCGGCGGCGGCGCAGCAGACGGAGCGGCAGGUGCUGAUGGACUCUGACGUGGCGGCCACGCAGCAGUCCACGUACCAGCGCAAGACCAAGAUCGUCUGCACCAUCGGCCCCACCAGCAACACGCGCGAGAUGCUGUGGAAGCUGGCGGAGACGGGCAUGAACGUGGUGCGGCUGAACAUGAGUCACGGCGACCACCAGUCGCACCGCCGCGUGGUGGACCUCGUGCGCGAGUACAACAAGGGGCAGGCCAGCCAGGGCGCCGGCAACGUCCUCGCCAUCAUGCUCGACACCAAGGGGCCGGAGGUGCGGAGUGGGGACCUGCCGCAGCCGAUAGAGCUGGAGCGUGGGGAGAGCUUCACCUUCACCAUCCGGCGUGGCGUGGGGUCGCAGCGCACCGUCAGCGUCAACUACGAUGGCUUCAUCGAUGACGUGGACGUCGAUGACAUCAUCCUCGUCGACGGCGGCAUGAUGUCGUUUCAGGUGAAGAGCAAGAGCGCGGAGGACGUGGUGUGCGAGGUGGUGGAUGGGGGCGAGCUCAAGUCGCGCCGCCACCUCAACGUGCGCGGCAAGUCCGCCACGCUGCCCUCCAUCACAGACAAGGACUGGGAGGACAUUCGGUUUGGCGUGGAGAACAAGGUGGACUACUACGCGCUCUCCUUCGUCAAGGACGCGCAGGUCGUGCUGCAACUCAAGGAGUACCUCAAAGGCCAGGGUGCGGACAUCGGAGUGAUAGCCAAGAUUGAGAGCGCUGACUCAGUGCCCAACCUGCACGCCAUUCUCGAGGCCUCCGAUGGGGCCAUGGUGGCGCGGGGCGACCUGGGAGCAGAGCUGCCGGUGGAGGAGGUGCCGCUGCUGCAGGGCGAGAUCAUCCGGGUGUGUCGCGCGCUGGGCAAGCCGGUGAUAGUGGCCACCAACAUGCUCGAGUCCAUGAUCAACCACCCCACGCCCACCCGCGCUGAGGUGUCGGACAUAGCGAUCGCAGUGAGGGAGGGCACGGACGCCAUCAUGCUGUCGGGGGAGACGGCCCAUGGCAAGUUUCCACUGAAGGCGGUGAGGGUGAUGCACACAGUGGCGGUGCGCACAGAGGCCACCAUGUCCGUCCCCAACACCCCCGCCAACCUCGGCCGCGCAUUCAAGAGGCACACGAGUGAGAUGUUUGCGUUCCACGCGACGAUGAUGGCCAACACGCUGGGCGCGUCGGUGCUGGUGUUCACGCGCUCGGGCUUCAUGGCCAUGCUGCUCUCGCACUACCGCCCCGCCCACAUCACCUUCGCCUUCACCAAUGACAAGAGGGUGCAGCAGCACCUGGCGCUGUACCACGGGGUGAGGGCGCUCUACAUGCCCUUCUCCGCCGAUGCCGAGGACACCUUCACCGAGGCGCUGCGCAUCCUCCUCAAGCGGGGCAUGGUGCAGCCGGGUGAGGACGUGGCGUUGGUGCAGAGCGGGCGGCAGCCCAUCUGGCGCUCCGACUGUUGCCUGCGUCUCGCGGCGUCGAUGGCUGCGCGCCACCUCUACCCCGUCGCGCGGCACCUCGCGUGCUUCGCGUCGUUCGCGUCGCCCACCCCCUCGCUCGCCCCGCUCGUCGCCCCCGCCGAUCCCGCCGAUCCCGCCGCCCCUACCGCCGACGACCCCUUCCCGUGCGCCACGGACGCAUCGCCUGGCGCGGAGGGCGCACUUAACGAGGAUGCGCUUAGCGAGGAGGGCAGCGCUGAUGCGGAGAGCGAGGCUGGACGCGCAGGGCGGGCAGCGGAGGGCGGCGGAGGGUGGGCAGCGGAGGGCGCGCGCAUGUGCGAGGAGUACGUGGCGGCGUGCGCCGCCGUCAUGCGCCACCGCCACGCCCCCCACCACCAUGCGCCCUCCGCCUCCGGCAUCCCCGCCGUUUCCGCCGUGUCCUCUGUCUCCUCCGUGUCCUCCGCCCCGCCUGUCUCGCCUGUCUCUCCCGCGCAGCCGUGGGUCGAGCUGGCUGCUGACACCAGCGGUGACCUGCUCGCGCUGGCCGGGCCCUCGGGCAGCGGAAAGACGUCGCUGCUGGACGCCAUUGGCUGCCGCAUCGACCCGGGCAGCCUGUCGGGGUGCAUCCUGGUGAACGGCCGCCCCAUGCCGCCCAGCUUCCGCAAGCACUCCGCCUACGUGCUGCAGGACGAUGCUCUAUUUGCCCUCCUGUCAGUGCGUGAGACGCUGGACUUCGCCGCCCGCCUGCGCCUGCCAGCCACCGUCACGCCGGUCGAAAGGGAGAGGCGUGUGCAGCAGGUGCUGCAGCAGCUGGGGCUCACCGCGUGCGCCGACACACCCGUGGGGGACGACCUGGUGGGUGGGGCGAUCAUGUGGGUGCUUGCCUUGCCUCGUGACGGGUUCGACCGUGUGCCUGCACACUCACUCCAUCCCUCGCUCUGCUCUGCUGAAACGUCUCCUGUCCCACACCUCCUCCCACACCUCCUCCCACACUUCAUCCCCUUCCCACCACCUGUGCCCUUCCCUUUCCCAUGGCAGCACCGGGGGGUGUCUGGCGGGGAGAGGCGGCGCACGUCCAUCGCGGUGGAGCUCAUCCACAACCCCGCCGUGCUGCUGCUCGAUGAACCCACCUCAGGGCUGGACAGCUCGUCGGCGCUCAAGGUGGUGCAGCUGCUGCACAGCAUGGCGGUUCAGGUGUGCCCUCGUGCUCAGGUGUGCUUCAGGUGCCUUGUAAGUGCUGCUGACCAACCACCAGCCGUCCUUGCGCAUCACGGCGCUCCUCAUUGCGGCUGCACCGCCCGCCACACACGAUUGCUCACCAUCCGCCAAUCCCCGCCCCCCAAACCUUCCAAUCCUCCUUCUCAACCCCUUGACCGCGCACAGGGUGGGCGCACGGUGGUGUUGACGAUUCACCAGCCGUCCUUCCGCGUCACGGCGCUGCUGCACCGCAUGGCUCUGCUCGUCAGCGGGCAGGUCGCCUUCCACGGCGCCACGCCCGCCCUGCGCUGCCACCUCGCAGCGCUGCACCACCCCGUGCCCCCUCAUGUGAGCCCACGCCCCGUGAACCUCCUAGAGUUCGCCCUCGACACUCUGCCCCGCCUCGCUGCUGCUGCUGCUCGGGCCAAGGUGAGCACCACUCUGCCACUUCUCUACUCUGGUUCCCCUUGCGUGCAUGUUCGAGUUUGGAGUGUGCAGUGGCCCAUAACACCCUCCCACCCUUUCCACCCUUCCCGCCCUUCCCACCCCUUCUUUCCCACCCUUCUCGCCCUUCCCACCCGCUCCUUCCCACCCUUCCCGGCCUUGCCACCCUUCCCACCGUUCCCUUCCCCCCUGCUCGCCCUUCUCAAUGCACGCCACUGUCUUGUUGUUGCAUUCGUGUUGCUCCUUUCCAAGCCUCUCUGCUCACCAUCCCACUCACAGCACAGCAGCCACCUCCUGCUUUUCCCCACCUUUUGUGCCCUCACACUCAUGCGGGGGCUGACCACAGGGCCGCUCUCCUUUCACUGCCUCUCCACCAUUCUCUACCAUUCCCCACCCUCCCUCUCAUCGCACGUCCGUCCGACCCACCAUCUUCCCCGCACCAACCACGUGCUGCACCGCCUCUCCAUCGUACCGCACUCUCUCCCCACCCUCCCCCCACCGUACCACCUCUAUGCAUGCAUGCACAUGGCAGGUGGCCAUGGGGGUCAUCAUGGGGUGGCGAUGGGGGUGAUAAUGGGGUCGUUGUUCCGCGCUGUGGGCAUGGACAUGGCGGGGCUGCAGAGCCGCUUCGCAGUGCUGGGCUUCACCAUCGCUCUCGUCUUCUACAACUCCCUCGACGCCCUGCCGCUCUUCUACCUCGAGCGAACCAUCUUCACGCGGGAGACCUCACGAGGUGCCUACCGCACGGCGCCCUACGUGGUGGCCACCACGCUCACCACGCUGCCGCUCUUCCUGCUGCUCUCGCUGGCCCUGGCGGCGCCGCUCUACUGGAUGGUGGGGCUCGCGCCCUCCGCCUCCGCCUUCCUGCUCUUCCUCGCCACGCUCUGCCUCGCCUUUGCGCUCGCCAACGCUUUUGUCACGCUGCUGUCGGCGCUGCUGCCGUCACACAUGGUGGCCGCCACAGUGGCCAGCAGCUCCUUCUCCUUCUUCCUCCUCUUCUCCGGCUUCUUCUUCUCCAAUUGCCCUCCCUGCCCUCCCAACCCUCCCCCCAGAUCAGCCAUACCAGCUUACUGGCUGUGGUUGUACAACCUGUGUCUCAUGCACUACCUCAUGCGCUGCUCCAUGUGUUUCACCUCCCCCCUCCCCCCUCCCCCCAGGGCGGCCAUCCCGGGGUACUGGCUGUGGCUGUACUACCUCAGUCUGAUGCGCUACCCCAUGGAGCUGCUGCUCUGGGCCGAGUUCCACCACGGGCUCGGCCCCACAUGCUUCUCCACCUUCACCUCUGCUGCCGGCGUCGGCUACACUGCAUCCGCCACCAACAACGCUUGUGGGCUCACGGGUGCAGCGUAUCUGGACGCGCGGGGGUUCACAGGCUUGAGCCCGUGGCGCAACGUGCUCGUGAUUGUGGCGUUUAUCGCUGCGCUGCGCCUCGCUUUCUACGCUGCUCUCCGUCGCCAUGCCGCCUCCACCAGGAAGUGA